CGGGAAACGUAGUCCGCGGCCGCUCGCAACGGUUCGCGCGGCCUGUCGGGAAAUGUAGACCACGGAGGUUCGCUUGGCCGCCGGGGGCAACGGCUCGCGCGGCCUUUCGGGAAGUGUAGUCCGUGGACGUUCUCCCGGCUGCAGUGCGUUCCCUUCCGGCCGGCCUCGCGAGAGGCCAGCGGGUUGCGCGUGCGCAGGCCUAUCCUCCGUGGACGGGGCGCCGGCGGAGCCGUGGAAACGCGCCGCGGCUGCGCGAGGGGAGUGGCUUUCCGCACGUGGCGGAGGUCAGGGGGCGAAGGGCAGGGGGCGGAGAAAUGGGAGAGACGCGGGACGCGCCGGCGGGGAGCAGGGGUGUACGGAGCAAAGGGAACACGAAGGUCCUCCGGGUGGGCGUGUUCGCCUGGGCGGCGGCGGCUGCGGCCGCCAGAGACAAGGAAAGGGAACCAUCCGCCCCAGAUUGUUGGCCUUUUACCCGGAACGCGCGCUCGCACACGUGGUGUCUCACGGCCGUUUUGUAGUUAAAUGUUAGAAAUGGCCGGGCAUCUCGAGGCGGCGUCAGGCUCCGCCGCGCGCGCCGCCCCCGGGCCGAGCGACGUCGGGUUGAGUCCCGCGAGGGGUCUGGCCUGGGGCGAGGGGAUGACCGUCUCUGACACGCGUUCCUGCUUUUCUCUAAACUUCUCCUUCAGGAAUGUGACACAAACCUGCAUUUUUGGUAUUUAAAAGAAGAAAAUAGAAGGGGAAUGAAAACAGAAGUGAGACAGUUUUAGAAAAGAAGGGACUUUCCUAAAAGUUGACAAAACUGGGAUGUUUAUUUAAUCUGCACAAGAACAUCUCCUUGGAACUUACCCAAACGCAGACCCCUAAGGGUUAAAUGAGCCUCUUCACAUGAGAUGAUUUUACAAAAAGGAAUGCCUCACAAAGAACUAGAAUUAGGUAAAAGAUAGUAUGAAAGGAAAGAGCAAAGGAAGUGUUUUUUUUUUCAGUUGAUACUGGUUGUGAAGCAUGUGUCCCAACCUGCUGGCAAGUGUUGAGAGGACUGAAAUCUGACUUUCUGAUAGUUUUUCCAACUACGUAUGUUAGGCUCAAAAGUAGUAUUAGUAGGGGCUUCCCUGGUGGCGCAGUGGUUGAGAGUCCGCCUGCCGAUACAGGGCACGCGGGUUCGUGCCCCGGUCCGGGAGGAUCCCCCAUGCCGCGGAGCGGCUGGGCCCGUGAGCCAUGGCCACUGAGCCUGCGCGUCCGGAGCCUGUGCUCCGCAACGGGAGAGGCCACAGCAGUGAGAGGCCCGAGUACUGCCAAAAAAAAAAAAAAAAAAGUAGCAUUAGUAGAAAAGCCGGACUUGGCGCUCUCUUUGAGCAGUGUAACCAUGUCUGUUCUCUGCCCCAGAAUCGCAAUGGGGAUGACAGAUGCCGUGUGUGGCUCAACUCUCAGAUCAGCCAUCUAUUCAGUGGCCACCGGGAAAGUCUCAGCCUCAUGCAGGUCCCGCGUGCUGCCGUGUAAUACGCCUCCUAGUGUUAUCGAACCUCAGGCGUCAUCUUGGCCCUUGUAAUCAUACCCAAGUCAAGGGGAAGGCAGACUCAGAAGUCACGACUGCGUCCUGAUUUACAAAUCGGAGGCGGAGGGGCACGAACACCACACACCAGACAGGAAUUUAGUCGGACUCACCACCAAGAUGCUGAAAGUGAAGCGGCUGGAAGAAAUCAGCACGUGUUACCACGGUGACCAGCUGGAGAAAAUGGCCUUUUUUCAGUGCAUGGAAGAGGUGGAGAAAGUGAAGUGUAUUCUGGAAGAAAGUUCUAGUGAACAGGAUUCGAGAUCUGGGAAGAGUGAGGCUAAGGAGCAGGUGUGCUCACACCCUGGCCUGAAGGAAGCAGCACCAGACAAAGGCAAAAGGACGGCACCUCCCACAGACGAGGCCUGGGCACCACCUGCGCCGUUUGAUCACCGCAUCGUGACAGCCAAGCAGGCCGCGGUCAACAGCUUCUACACCGUGAGCAGAACUGAAAUCCUAGGAGGGGGGCGCUUUGGCCAGGUUCACAAGUGUGAGGAGAAAGCCACAGGUCUGAAGCUGGCGGCCAAGAUCAUCAAGACCAGAGGCAUGAAGGACAAGGAUGAAGUGAAGAACGAGAUCAACGUCAUGAACCAGCUGGACCACGUGAACCUCGUUCAGCUCUACGACGCCUUCGAGUCUAAGAACGACAUCGUCCUGGUCAUGGAGUAUGUGGAUGGAGGGGAGCUCUUCGACCGCAUCGUUGAUGACAACUACAAUCUGACCGAGCUUGAUACCAUCCUGUUCAUCAGGCAGAUAUGUGAGGGGGUAAGGCACAUGCAUCAGAUGUACAUCCUCCACUUAGACCUGAAGCCUGAGAACAUCCUGUGUGUGAAUCGGGAUACUAAACAAAUAAAAAUUAUUGACUUUGGAUUGGCCAGAAGAUACAAACCCAGAGAGAAGCUGAAGGUGAACUUCGGAACGCCAGAAUUCCUCGCCCCUGAAGUUGUGAACUAUGAUUUUGUUUCCUUUUCCACGGACAUGUGGAGCGUGGGAGUCAUCACUUACAUGCUACUCAGCGGUUUGUCCCCCUUCCUGGGAGAUAACGACGCCGAGACCCUGAACAACAUCCUGGCCUGCAGGUGGGAUCUGGAGGAUGAAGAAUUUCAGGACAUCUCGGAGGAGGCCCGGGGGUUCAUCUCCAAGCUUCUGAUCAAGGAGAAGAGUUGGAGGAUAAGCGCGAGUGAAGCCCUCAAGCACCCUUGGCUGUCGGAUCACACGCUCCGCUCCAGGCUCAACGCGCAGAAGAGGAAGAAUUGCUGCUCUGACGCCCAGGACCUGGUGGCCAAAUAGUCCCCGGAGGCGCCCUCUUGAAAGGAAAACUGCUGCGGUUGCUGCUGCUUUGAGAAGAUUUUUGGAAAAAUCAGCAGUUCUGAUGCCUUGACCCCUAAGGAGACUGGUGGCUCUGGGGGAGGGGAAGCCGCCACACAGAACUCUGAGUACCUCGGCCAGGCUCGCGGGGCCGGGGACACCCAGAGCUGCGGCCCAGGGGACAGGCAAGCCCGCUCCCUGCAGCAGUGCACACCCCAGAAGACAUUUCCCUGCCACCCUGAGCUUUAGAACUUUCGAUCUCAGUCAAUGCACGGGGUGCAUUAUUUCUGCAAUUUCUCAGAUCCCUAGAGCAAAAUCAUACUGGAGAUUUCGUUGAGAUUUUAAAACAUGUUGGAUGCAGAGGUUAACUAUCGUAUAUAGAAUGAAUAAACAACAAGGUCCUACUGUAGAGCACAGGGAACUAUAAACCAUAACAUAACAGAAAAGAAUAAGAAAAAGAAACCAUAACAGAAAAGAAUAAACCAUAACAGGAAAACCAUAACAGAAAAGA